UGAAGUCCGCGUGCACUUGCAAAUCCUAAGUGGAACAACCUUAUUAGGAGCAGUUAAAUUAAUAGCGGCCCCAUUGCUGGGUUUAUCUUCUACCCCCCUGCGGAGGAAAAUGUUCUGAGCGGUUGGUAGAGCGAAAAAUUGUUCAUUGUGUUGACCUCUUCGCCCUAGACCGGUCCCAGCGCAGUUGGUCAGCCUUUGCAUAUUAAUCGCAAAAGUGGAAUUUAGCUCAGCCAGGCAACAUGUCGCAGUCAAAGCUGAAGCAAGUUUUCAGCUAUCAAUCAUGGGUACACGCGGUGUCCGGAUCGGCGGGCAGCGUAAUUGCGAUGUCGGCAUUUUAUCCAUUGGACACCGUUCGCAGCCGUCUUCAAUUGGAAGAACCAGAACGACGGAAAGCUCUGAGCACGUGGCGGGUGCUGAAAAAUUUAAUCGAUGAAGAAGGCUUCGACACACUUUACCGAGGCCUGGUGCCCGUGCUGGAGAGUUUGUGCAUUUCCAACUUUGUCUACUUCUACACGUUCCACAGUCUGAAGGCUCUGCGGGGUAGUGGGUCGGGGCAGUCGGCACUCGGCGAUCUGCUGCUGGGUUCGUUGGCCGGCGUAGUGAACGUGCUAUCAACGACACCAUUCUGGGUGGUCAAUACACGCCUAAAGAUGAAAGGUUUGGAGCAACAACGCCGUGGGGAUGCCAGUACGGUUGGCAACGGCCAACACUCCAGUGUUCGAUACAACGGCCUUCUCGACGGAUUGCAGUAUAUCGCCCGCACAGAGGGUAUCCGUGGACUGUGGGCGGGAGCCAUACCAUCGCUGAUGCUCGUCAUUAAUCCCGCCAUACAGUUCAUGGUCUACGAGUCGCUUAAACGUCGGUUAACGGAAGGCACCAAGAAAAGUCCAUCCGCAAUCACGUUCUUUGGCAUUGGCGCAAUCGCGAAGAUGAUCGCCACCGUGCUAACGUACCCGUUGCAGCUCGUGCAAACCAAACUGCGCCAUGGGAAUGCUGACAAGAGUCUGAACCUUCCGCCGGAUGUCGACACCGUGCAGAUGCUGCUAAUCAUCCUGAAACGCCAGGGUGUGACCGGACUGUACCGCGGACUGGAGGCAAAGCUGCUGCAAACGGUCCUUACGGCUGCUCUCAUGUUCAUGACCUACGAGAAAAUAGCACGAUUCGUCACCUCGCUCUUACUAUCCAAAGGUGCUAGUGGCGGUCGUCACUGAUUUCCGGGUCACUACCGACUACCCGAAUCUAUCGAUAGCAGCUCUUUUUCCUCUCUCUAUCUUUCACUCUUGCUAUGUGUAAUCCUAUUCUAGUCCUUGACGAACAAAUUGAUUUAUCAUGACCUUUUUCUUUUACUUUAUAUGCGCUCAUCUGUGAUGAAGGUUAUCGUUUUCAUUAUAUCAAACAUUCCUAAACCCAUUUCUGUUUUACUUUUGAUAUAAACAUAAUGCAACAUACCAUCAAGAAGGUACUCAAGUGUAUUAGGUUCAAGGUUUAUUUUGUUCAAUCUAGUAUUUUAAUUGUUUGCAAACUGAUCUUGGUAAGGGUAAUUCCUAUUUUGUAGGUGUUGAAAACAGCAGGCGCUGACCAAAAUUGAAAGCAUGGGAAGGGGGUUGGGAAGAUCGAAACCAAAUGAAAUAAACAUGUAGUUAAAAAAUA